UUCACACGCAACUUCCUCUCUUGUAACUUUACUGCUAUAUAUACUCACACUUCCGUUUCUUCUUUCUUCAACUUAAAAACACUUCUUACUAGUCUUACCAAACUCAAAAAAGAAAGAUAGUAAUAAUAAUGGCAUUAGAAGCUCUUACUUCACCAAGAUUAGCUUCUCCGGUUCCAACUCUGUUUCAAGACUCUGCAGUUGGCUUUCAUGGUUGCAAAGGCAAGCGAUCUAAACGGUCAAGAUCAGACUUUGACCGUAGUCUCACAGAGGAUGAAUAUAUCGCUUUAUGUCUCAUGCUUCUUGCUCGCGACGGGAAUCGAACCCGUGACCUCACUGACCUGCCUUCAUCUUCAUCAUCGCCGCCUCUUCUUGCUCCUUCUCCUACUACUAGCUACAAGUGUAGCGUCUGCGACAAGGAGUUUUCUUCUUACCAGGCUCUCGGUGGACACAAGGCGAGUCACCGGAAAAACCCAUCUCAGUCUCAGUCUAGCGGAGGAGAUGAGAAGUCCACGUCGUCCGCGAUAACAACCAUCGCGAGCCACGGCGGCGGUGGAGGAGGAAGUGGGAAACCGCACGUUUGCUCGAUCUGUAACAAGUCUUUCGCGACCGGUCAAGCUCUCGGCGGCCACAAACGGUGCCACUACGAAGGCAAGAACGGCGGCGGCGGCGCAAGCAGCAGCGUGUCGGUUUCCGAAGGUGUGGGGUCUACAAGCCACGUCAGCAGCGGCAGCCAUAACCAUCAUCAUCACCGUGGGUUUGACCUCAACAUCCCGCCGAUACCGGAAUUUUCGACGGUCAACGGAGACGAAGAGGUGAUGAGCCCCAUGCCGACCAAGAAACAGAGGCUCGAGUAGAACUUAAGGAGGCUUUUUUGCUUCUUUGUCUCGAAAAAUUACAGAUUCAGCUAGCAGUUACAUGAAUUUGUUGUACUGUACAUAUUAAUACAAAUUUAGUUUUUUUUAUUGAGCUUAUAAUAUAUGUGUACUUUUCUGUACCUAAAGUUGUCGCUUAAAGAAAAAGAUCUUCCUAAGUUCAAAUUCAUUAUUAUAAAUUAUUUCAAGUACUUCUCAGUUUCUCCUCCAAUGGCAAUAAACGCGGCUACUUCUCUUUGGAUGAACAGACGCGCGUGACGUUAUAUAUGCUGAUACGUUUCAUU